ACUGCGCUCCGAGUAACAGUAAAUCAGACUGAGCAGCUCCUACGGCCCCAGCAGUGAAACUGGAACCCGUUGCAAGUAUUUUUGGCCGCUGAUAGGACCGAGUGAGAUCACCGCGGUCUCUUUUCUCGGAUAGACUCGAGAGUUGUUCGGCGAGAGCAACGCAGGGACCGUUUUCAGUCUCAUUUCUGCUAUAUAUCCAUAUUAAAUCACACUGGAAAUGUCCGAAAACAAGCCGAAUGAUGAGCCGAAGUUAUCUACGACGGACAGAGUGGUGAAAACUGUCCCGUUCCCUCCCAGUCACCGGCUGACGGCUAAAGAGGUGUUUGACAGCGAUGGGAAGCCCAAAGUGGACGUGCUGAAAGCACACCUAACCAAGGAGGGCCGCGUGGAGGAGGCGGUGGCCCUGAGGCUCAUAGGGGAGGGCGCCACAAUCCUGCGUGCAGAGAAGAACCUGCUGGACAUCGAGGCCCCUGUGACGGUGUGUGGAGACAUCCACGGGCAGUUCUUUGACCUGAUGAAGCUGUUUGAAGUCGGAGGAUCACCAGCAUCCACGCGCUACCUUUUCCUGGGGGACUACGUUGACAGAGGGUAUUUCAGUAUUGAAUGUGUGCUGUACUUGUGGGCCUUAAAGAUCCUUUACCCCAAAACACUGUUUUUGCUGCGUGGGAAUCAUGAAUGUAGACAUUUAACAGAGUAUUUCACAUUUAAGCAGGAAUGUAGAAUUAAGUAUUCAGAGAGGGUGUAUGACGCAUGUAUGGACGCCUUUGACUGCCUUCCCCUGGCUGCACUUAUGAACCAGCAGUUCCUGUGUGUACACGGAGGACUGUCUCCAGAAAUCACAAAUCUUGACGACAUCAGGAAACUAGACAGAUUCAAAGAGCCCCCGGCAUACGGACCGAUGUGCGAUCUGCUGUGGUCCGACCCCCUGGAGGACUUUGGGAACGAGAAGAGCCAAGAGCAUUUCACACACAACACAGUGCGGGGCUGUUCCUACUUCUACAGCUACCCUGCAGUCUGUGACUUUCUACAACACAAUAACUUAUUAUCUGUCAUCCGGGCCCAUGAAGCGCAGGAUGCUGGAUAUCGCAUGUACAGAAAGAGUCAGACCACUGGCUUCCCGUCCCUCAUCACCAUCUUCUCUGCACCCAACUACCUAGAUGUCUACAACAACAAAGCGGCAGUGCUGAAGUACGAGAACAAUGUGAUGAACAUCCGACAGUUCAACUGCUCACCUCACCCAUACUGGCUGCCCAACUUCAUGGACGUUUUCACCUGGUCCCUGCCCUUCGUUGGGGAGAAGGGUGAGCAUCUAGUGAACGUAUUGAGCAUCUGCUCCAAUGGAGCUGACGACUGACGAGGAGUGGACGGUGCCACAGCUUCUGCCCGUAAGGAGGUCAUCCGGAACAAGAUCCGCGCCAUCGGCAAGAUGGCCAGGGUAUUUUCUGUGCUCAGAGAGGAGAGUGAGAGCGUGCUGACGCUGAAGGGUCUGACCCCAACAGGCAUGCUACCAAGCGGAGUGUUGUCCGGUGGCAAAGAAAAGCUGCAGAAUGCUACUAUUGAAGCUAUUGAGGCUGACGAAGCCAUCAAAGGCUUCUCGCCCCAGCACAAGAUCACCAGCUUCGCCGAGGCCAAGGGUCUGGACCGCAUCAACGAGAGGAUGCCGCCGCGGCGAGACGCCCUGCCCUCCGACGCCAGCCUCAACUCGCUCAACAAGGCGCUGUCCUCGGAGUCCAACGGCACCGACGCCAAGGGGGGCACCAGCGGGGGCAGCAGCAUCCAGUGAGGGCCACCUCGGCCAGCGGGGCUACGCCGCGACCCGCCAACGCAGAGGAGGGUCAAAGGGUGAAGGAAAUGAAAGGGAAGUGCUGAAGUGUGUAUUGGGGGGUGGGGAGGGGGGGGGGGGGGGGCAUCUACGGCUCACACGGGGAGACAUCUCACUUUCUAGUCUUGGAUAUGCCUCAAAAUAUUAGUUCAUAGUCAGAUCUGCUACGUUGCUGCCGGUCCCGUGGUGGACG